AUGUUCAUUGGGCAAGGUCAGUCAGGAAAAACAAGUUUAAAGAGAUCACUUAUAGGAGAGGAAUUCAAUCCAGAAGAAAGCAGUACUAUAGGCAUCGAAACAGAUCCUUCUUAUUGUAAAGUAUCAACGGAAGUUUGGAAAAUGGGAGAGGCAACCCACGAAAGAGAUUCAAGCAUGGAGCCAAUCUCUUUCGAAAAACACACGGCUCAAUAUAUUGUUAACAGCCUCGAGAAAAACGAACGAAGAAAAAAACUCAAGCCUAGCCCAUCUCGUUACGACAAUGUAUCUGAGAAGAAUGGAGGUCCAUCUUCCCUAAAUCAUAAUGGCGUGUCAUCCGGUGCAGCAAAGGUUAAAGCCGUGCCAGAAGAAAUAGCAUCUUUAGUUACGAAGCUACUUCAAGUUGUGCGCGUUGACGAAGACAAAGACGAAAUCUUUUCAACUUUGUGGGAUUUUGGCGGGCAGUCAGUUUAUUAUUCUACCCACCCACUUUUUCUAACAAGAGGAGCAAUUUACCUUUUGGUUUAUAAUCUUAACCGAAAUCCAGAGGAGAAGUCUAUAUCCCGAGUGAAGCGAGGAUUAUUCAAGUCUAUCAAAGACGUUCAUUGUGAGAAAAGUAAUUUGGAUUAUCUCGACUUUUGGAUGUCCUCGGUUUCUAGUUUGGCUCCAAACAGUGAGAAGCCUCACGAAACCCCUUCAACUUCCAUGCAACCAGAGCUGCUGCAGCCCCCAGUUAUUCUGGUCUUUACCCAUGCUGACAAGCCGUACAAAGGUGCAGAUCCUGAAGAGCUUGCAAGUGAGAUUUUUGGCAAUUUGCAGAGAAAAAGUUAUGGUAAACAAAUUCUCGACUUCUUUGUCGUAGACAACACUAAGUCUGGGAGUAAUAAAGAAUGUGAAGGGGUUAUUUGUUUGAGGAAAGAGGUACUUGACACCGCUAAGAGGCUGCCUCAACUUAAAGAGGUCAUUCCAAUCAAAUGGCUGAGAUUUGAAAAGGCUGUAAGAGAGACGGUUGAGCACGGAAGCAAAUGGAUUUACGUCGAAGAUGCGAAAAGAAUUGCACUUGAGGUAUGCGGAAUUUCCACCGAAGAGCAGUUUCUAACUAUGUUGAACCUCCUACACGACCAGAGAAUUUUGAUUCAUUUUGACGACACCCCGGAGUUAGACAAAAUCGUUAUUUUGGAUCCACAGUGGUUGGUAGACGUCUUCAAGAAGGUGAUUACCAUUCCGCCCUUCAAGAAGAGUAAAAGAGAACAUAGAGAACAGUGGAAAAAGCUUGAGGAAAAGGGAAUCUUGGAAAAAAGACUCUUAAAAGACUUAUGGGAUCCCCUUUUUGACACCCGAGAAAAUUUUGACGUUGACAGUCUUAUCAACAUGAUGGAGAAAUUUGGCUUGUUAUGCCCUUGGCCGUCGUCUGACGAGAGUGGGUCACCCAGUGAGUAUCUCGUACCUUCCAUGUUGAUGUCCCCCCCGAAGAAUGUCACCGAUUUGUUUUCAUCUGCGGGUAUUCCAUCCCUUUUUGUGAAGUUUAAAUCUGGUCAGUUACCAAUUGGACUGUUUCCUCGCCUAGUCCUGAUGGUCAGGACUGUAUCACAAUUUCGUCAGGUUUUACACACACCCAGCUAA